UCAGUAGAAAGAUCUUAAACAAAUACUUUUGCAUUUCAGAUUUGUCCUCCAAAGGCUUGAUGAAUUAUUACACAAACCAUCAUUCUUAUUAGAGACUUGAGUGAGUGCAGAGAAGAAUGGCUUCUACUGAAAGACCCAGAGAUGAUUCUGUUUCUGAUUCCGAUGAGGAGAUGACAAUCUUCCCCCUUACUUUCUGCAGUGAUGAUGAUGAUGAUGAAGAUGCUGAUGAAAGCAACUCAGAUGAAGCUAAUGCUAAUAUAACUGACAGAUCAUCCCACUGUCACAACCAUGAGGACGAUGGCCACCCAGUCCAUCAUGAGAUGGAAGUGGGGAGUCCACCCGCAAAACCCCUCAUGACUCUCAGGCAGAGGCGUCGCUCAAGACUGACCCCCUUGAAUCUGAACCUGUCCCCAAUUCCCACCAUUGACUCACCCAAUAUAAAGCAUUGGAAGCAUGCUAUCUUGAAGGCAAAGAAGUUGAAGGAUCCUUGGGAAGAGUUUAAUAUCUUGGACUUGCCAGUUGAAGAGGUGACUAGGCAUAGGUACAGUGCACUCAGGAAGCAAUGGAUAACAGACACUGUCAAAGUCAGAAUGGAAAAGAAGCCUUUCAAUCGUGGAGCAAUGAGACAGUGCUAUCGACUCAAGAAAAUGUCCACCCUGUCUCUCUCUGGAGACUGGAGGCAUGCUUCAAAUUAUGUCGCCAAGAGGUACAUGGAGGAUGUUGACAGAGAGGUUUACUUUGAGGAUGUUCGUCUACAGAUGGACGCAAAACUCUGGGGAGAGGAGUAUGAUAGACACAAUCCACCUAAGAAGGUUGACAUAUUCCAAAUGUACGUUCUGGAGUUCAAGAACCGUGAAGGCUGCCCUCUUUACCAUCUGGAGCACUUCAUAGAGGGAAAGUACAUCAAAUACAACUCCAACUCGGGCUUUGUAGAGGAGACAUCACGCCUCACACCACAGGCCUUUAGCCACUUCACAUUUGAGCGUUCUGGUCAUCAGCUGAUUGUAGUGGACAUCCAGGGAGUGGGUGACCUGUAUACUGACCCUCAGAUACACACUGCUGGAGCAUAUGAUCUUUCUUCUGGUCAUGAGUAUGGUGAUGGUAAUCUGGGCCCAAAAGGCAUGGCUCUUUUCUUUCACUCCCAUGUCUGCAACAGUAUCUGUGAGAGUCUCAACCUCAGCAAGUUUGAUCUGGCAGAGAGUGAGAAGAAGCUGCAGCAGAAGUACAUAGAGUUGAUGAAAGAUGCCACUACUCACACUAAAGGCAAAGAAGAGGUAUGUCUAAGUGCUUCCCCACGUGACCAAAAAAAUUUGCACGAGUUUCUGCGAAAGCGUACUGUAUCUGGCACUUCCAUUGGAUCUGAUGGCGACAGUGACUUGCUGAGUCCCCGCAGCCUAGAGGAUGAGCCGAUGAGUGCUGAUGCUGCAGACAAAGCCCAUCUUGGCAUUCGCUGGAGUAUCAGUAGCUCGCAGAGCGAGUCGUCUCCUCGCAGUAGUGAGCCUCCUAGCGCAUCCGACAGUGGUACCAUGACUAUCGAGGAGGAAAGGUUGGAGUUUUCUCGUGCCGUGAAGCAGCUCUCCAGACCUUCCUGUGUGAUUCAUGAAAUUCAGAGACGCCACACUUGCAAUGGUACCCGGAUGGAUGACUCUGUUUUGGGCCAAGUCCACCACGAACUGGCAAAGUACCAUGAGAUCGGUCGCUUCAGCACAAAUGGUGACACCUUCAACCCAGAAGUGGACUGGCAUGCAGCACUGUUCCAUGAAGAGAUAGCUGCCCAAUGUGGCGUGAUGGAAGCCAUACUCACCAUGGCCAAGAUCUACCUACAGAUGCCACACGAUGUGUUGCAGGAGUGCAAUGUGCAGGAAAAUGAGGACAAUCUUAACCGUGGAGUUGACUACAUGCUGCAGGCAGCAGAUGCUGGGGACAGGAGUGCUAUGUUGUACAUGGCCAAGGCUUAUGAAACUGGCAUAGGUUUGGGGACUGAAAGGAGUCGAUGUUUUGUUGAGGCUAUAGAGUUCUACGGAAAGGCUCUGAAAAUGACAGAGAAUGAUGAAAGUGGAUCAUUUGAUUCUGCCAUGGAAGAGCCUCGACAUCUGAUAUUGGCUAAACAGGCAGAGUUGUACAGACAGGGGGGUCUUAAUUUGGAAAAGGAUCCUCUGAAAUCAGGUGAACUCUAUAAUGAGGCAGCAGAGGCGGCCAUGGAAGCCAUGAAAGGCAGGCUUGCUAACAAGUAUUACGCAUUGGCAGAGGAAGUGUGGGCAGAAUGUGAAGACGUUGAAGAAUAGAUGGUGCUCAAUUACAAGAUGGGACAAACUCACCUGGGUUAAGUUUUUCAUAAAGGUGAUAACUCUCUGCAGGAUCAUGUUCUUUUUAUUUUUGAUCUUAUUUUUUUAAUACUUUUACUAUUAGGUUGGAACUUCAGUACAAUGGUUAUGGUUUAAAAGUUCAUUUAAAAGAGAAAUGUAAAAUUGUCCCUUAAUUUUAGAUUUAUUUUAUUUUUUAAACAGAACUGGUA